UCCGUAAGUAGCUCAGCCCCGACGCUGGUUUUAAUAACCCGGAUGCGGAAGUGUUAGUUCUUUUUGGUUUCUGGCCGUUACGCUCGGUAUCUCGGCAGUCGCAGCCAGAAACCUUCGCCAUGCCUCGCAAAAUUGAGGAGAUCAAAGAUUUCCUGUUGACAGCCAGGAGGAAAGAUGCAAAAUCUGUCAAGAUCAAGAAGAACAAAGAUAAUGUGAAAUUCAAGGUGCGUUGCAGCCGGUAUCUCUACACGCUGGUAAUCACAGACAAGGAAAAGGCUGAAAAACUGAAACAGUCACUUCCACCAGGUUUGGCUGUGAAAGAGCUGAAGUGAACCAGUCAUGCUUGGAAUUGGGCCAUCGGUUGUAAUAAAGGAGUGUACUUUU